AUUGUGUGAAAAAAUCAUAUCUCCUCCCAAAAAUAUAAAAAAUGUCAGAAUCCUCAAACAAGCAGAUAAAACUCCUUCACAAUCUUCCUGAAGAACUUGUGUUGCGGGCCUCAUCGUUUCUUCCCAUCCAAUCACUUUUACAAAACCGUGUUGUGUCCAAACUAUUUAGACACACAGAGAUACGGUCUCUCGACCUUGAUUUUAGCGGAAUAUUUUCUGUAAGGCGUAGUCAACUAGAGGCUAUUAACGUCAUCCAAAAUGUCUUCAACAAACACGAAGGAUCAGAGAUAAACCGAUUUGUUUUGUGUCUCAAAGAUAUCGGCGGGGAGGAAGCGGUAGCCUCAUGGAUCAAAAUCUGCAUUGCCAAAAGAAUCCAAGAGCUUGUGUUGGAUUUCUCCAAAACCAAGGAUAUUAUGGAGACCGCAAUCGAUUUCUCGGCUAUCGAAACAGUUAAAGCCUUGCAUCUACGAUGGUGUAAGUUUGAGAUACCGGAUAAUUCUCCCAAAGGCCUGAAGCUCUUGAAGACUCUCUCGCUUAUGCGGACUGAGGUGACGAAAGAGAUGAUAGAUGCAGUUUUCAGAAACUGCAUCCACCUUGAAUCGCUUGAGCUAAUUCAAUGUAGUAUGCACGGGCUAUUGGGCAUACUCGCUAAUAACCAUAAGAAGUUCAAGUCACUGGCUGUGUCUUAUAUGCCAAAUCUCAUGGACAUCGUUUCGUAUGCACCCACUCUUGAAUGCUUCAAGUUUGAUGGAUAUGUCAUGAAUGUUAUCUUUUCAAGAACAGAUGCACUUAAAGAGGCAAAUCUCCAAUAUAACAGGAAUCGUCGUAACUAUGAUUCAUCUGCCAUGGUGGUUGCUAACAUGAAACACUAUACAAAAGUUUAUGUCCUCGCAACGACAAACAUCUUUCUUGAGGCUUUCACAAAGAGAUACGUAGGAGGAGGAAGACUGGAAAAAAGGAGUACAACUUUCAAGUUUGAAAACUUAAGAGAAUUCAAGAUUUUCUUUAAAGCUCCAACGGUUUGCACUCUUUUUGACAUUGCUGAAUUCCUCAAAGAGUGCCCUCAACUCGAACAUGUUGUGAUCGAUAUUCAAAAUUUUACAUUUGCACCUCGAUUGGAGUUUUGGGAGAUUCAUCAUAAGGAGGAGAUUAAGAAGAACAACUACCUUUUGAAGUCUCUCACUGAAGUCAAGAUCAUUGGCUAUAAAGGCCACUGGCAUGAGCUUGAUAUAUUAGAGUUCUUUGUGAAGAACGCACCAUCUCUAGUGAAGUUGGAAUUGGUGAUGCCCAAAAACGCAAAAAGCAAAGCUCACGCACCAGAUUAUGCAAGGAUAAAUUUCAUAAAAAGCAUAUUUCCCGGGAUUAAAGUUAAGGAAGUUUAAAUUCAUGUUGAGCCAAGCAUGCCAAACUAUAAUUUGAUGUGUUUGAAACAUCAGACUCAUCUCAGAUUUUAUGUUCU